UAACUUCUCUCGCUGCUCUCAACUCUCGCCGGAAAACAAGUGCUGUUGUAGUUUUAAUAUUCAUCAUGUCCAGUUCGAGCAAGAAAUCGGCUGCCAAAGUUAAUUUAUUGGGUAAGCGAAAGCAACAAGAUGAUUUGGCGACCAAAACGAUUCUGAAGAAACAUAAGGAAACAUCCGAGGAGAAGGCAGUUAACGUAAUAAAAAGAAUGCUCUUUGUUUCAGGUCUCUCUCGCCAAACUAAAGCAUCAGAUAUCAUUCAUUUUUUCAAUGAUGGUGGAGAAGUUGUUCUUGUUCGACUUAUUUUAAACCAGGAGGGUAGGCAUGUGGGCUAUGGCUAUGUUGAGUUUGCUUCUCCUAACGCAGCAAAAGAGGCCCUGGAAGCAAAGAACGGUAAAUAUAUGCACGGUGGCCAGGUUUUUCUUGAAGUGCCUAAGACAGCUCCACACCCUCCACCCAGGUUUUGCAUCCAUCACAAAGUUGGGUACAAAGACUACCAUGUCCGAGUAAGUCUUCCUACAGAAGAAGAUGAGACACCUCCCGAUUCUGUUGAGGCAGUUUCCCUAUCAAAGAAAACGCUCUUUGUUUAUGGUCUCUCUUCCCAAACUAAAAUCUCAGAUAUCACUGAUUUCUUCAAUGAUGUUGGAGAAGUUGUUCAUGUUCGACUUAUAACAAACCAGGAUAGUCGGCAUGCGGGCUAUGGCUAUGUUGAGUUUGCUUCCCCCACCGCAACAAAGGAGGCGCUCGAAACAAAGAUCGGUGAAUAUUUGCACGGUGGGAAGAUUUUUCUUGAAGUGGCUAAGACAGCUCCAUACCCCCCACCCAAGUAUUGCAUAGAUCACAAGGUUGGGUACGAAGACGCCCUUCGACAAGAAAGUCUUCCGACAGAAGAUGUGACACCUCCUGAUUUUGUUAAGGAAGCUGCCGGAACAGAAUACACUCUCUUUGUUGCCAACCUCUCUCCACAAACUAAAAUAACAGCUAUCAUACGUUUCUUCAAUUUUGUUGGAAAAGUUUUAAGUGUUCGACUUGUUGUAAACCACGAGGGUAAGCAUCUGAGCUGUGGCUUUGUUGAGUUUGCUUCUCCUUAGAAGUAAAGAAGGAAGCUAUUGCUGUGAGAGAAAAAACACUCUUGGUUGCCAAUUUCUCUCCCCAAACCAAAAUAACAGAUAU